AUGUUGGAAUCUGAUGACACACCUGUGACUUCCUUUGAUUCUACCGGAUCUUAUCGUCACCGUACCCCUCAUCAGGACAUCAAUCCUGAACACAAUACUCCUAUUGACGAGGAUCCCCUCCGUAUCAAUCGAACACAAUUCCUUCAGUCUUUCCGCAUCUUGUCGAACCUCAACCAGGUCUACGCAUGCUUCGAUGCCGAUGUUACCAACACCGAUGAGACUACCGUCCCCACCAUUGUCAUCCCUCCUGUUGAAGUUGCACCCAAACGUAUUGAUUACUCUCAGUACCUCCCGUUCUUUCUCCAUGUACCUGUGGACAAGAUACGUCGUACCUUCGAAACCACAACACAGAACGCUUAG